AUUUCUCACAGAGUAGCCUCAUAGACGCGAAACUUUUACUGAAAUUUUUUAUAUUGUAUUCUCAAAAUUGCUAUUUUACAGACGAAUUCAAUUUUUUCCAUUAACUACGUACUAGACAAAAGAGAAAGAGGAAACUCUAUACCGAAGAAUCAAAAAUAUUGUGUACCAUGUGCACUUGUAUCGUGGCGUUCUAAACUAUUUUGAAAAUUUUACAUUUAUGUGUCCUUUGUGGUAUUUGUAUAAUCAAUGACAGAUAUUAAAUUUUUAUAUUCAAAUUGAGGCAAAUAUAAUAUUGAUAAACUCUUGAUAUUAUCGAAGUAAUAUUUUUUUAUUAUUUCAUCAAUUUAAUUUAAAUGAAAAUUUCAUAGAUAAAUGUCUGUAUCAAUUUUUGUCCGUAACCUCUUCCUACUUCUUUUUCAUUACUAUGUUAUGUCACUCUAGUGACAGAAAUAUUCGUUUACUAAGUGUUUUUAAAUAAUUAAUCUACUUAAAACUAAGCAUAUAAUAGUUAAUAAGUAUUUAUAAUGUCUGUUCUAACGAAAUCGUUAAAAUUGUCACAAAAUUUUCAUACUUUUAAAUAUAUUCUAAAAUGCCCAAGAAGAAACGAAAGUUUCUCAUCGACCACUCAACCCUUUACAAGAAAAAAAACUGUACUAAAAGCGAGUCUAAUUGGAAUGACUGUCGGGGCUCUCACUGCGACAGGUUAUUCUAUUUAUUCCAAUAUUGAGAAAUCUAAAACGUAUCAUCUUGAAGGGACAAAACGGGAAAUUCAAGUACUGGAAGCGAAACCACAAGUUCCAGUUUCAAGACAGAUUAUUUCACCCACAGACACAAGCGGAUUGAAGUUAACCCUUUUUCAAUAUCAAACCUGCCCUUUUUGUUGUAAGGUCAGAGUGUUUUUGGAUUAUUUUGGUCUAUCUUAUGAUGUUGUGGAAGUAGAUCCAGUAUUAAGAAAAGAAAUAUCAUGGUCGUCUUACCGAAAAGUACCAAUACUUUUAGCUAAAACCAAUUCUGGUUUUCAACCAUUAAAUGACAGCUCAAUGAUUGUUUCAUUAAUUGCAUCGCAUUUAAAAGAUAAAUCGCAAAAAAUUGAUGAGUUAAUACAUUGGUAUCCAAGUAUAGCAAUGCAUGAUGAACAUGAUAAACUCAAAUACGAUAUUAUGAACAAAUAUUUCUUGAUGUAUAACGAAUCUUUGCCAAAAAAUAAGAACUUCGAUGAUAUUGUAGAAGAGCGUAAAUGGAGGAAAUGGGCAGAUGAAAGCCUGGUUCAUACCCUUUCACCAAAUGUGUAUAGGACUCUUGAUGAAGCUUUUGAUACCUUUAAUUGGUUUUCUAAAGUUGGCAAAUGGGAAGAAUAUUUUCCAGCUUGGGAAAGAUUUAUAAUAAUAAAUAUAGGCGCUACAGCUAUGUGGAUGAUUUCAAAACGUUUGAAAAAAAGACAUAAUCUUAAGGAUGAUGUUCGGCAAUCUCUUUAUGACGAUGUCAACAAAUGGUUACAUGCUAUUAAAAAUCGUGGUGGUAGAUUCAUGGGAGGAGAAAGACCUAACUUAGCCGAUCUUGCUGUUUAUGGAAUUUUGAAAAGUAUAGAAGGUUGUACAGCUUUCCACGAUGUCAUAGAUAACACGAAACUUAAUACAUGGUACAGCGCUAUGAUGGAAGAAGUAGAGACACAUUCUGGGAGCAAAUACUUAAUUGAAUAGUGUAAAUUUAUUAAUUAUAUUAAUAAGUUCCUUGUGCAGUAAUUUAUAUUAAUUUCAUUAUUUUUAUAAAGAAUAUUGCAUUUAAAUUAAUUCAACAAUCAAAUAUCGUUUUGUUGAUGUGUUUCUUUGAAAUCCAAUUUUAAACGGAAUAAUUUUAAAUAAUUUAUUA